GAUUUAAGAAGAGUUUGUUGUUUACGUUGUAUAAACGAAAUGAUUCUUACUAAUAUAUUUAAUAUUCGUUGCACGAGAAAAUGAAGCCACGAGUGACACGUUCGUACAGUAUUCGACGCAGUGGAACAAAUAUCACACUUUGAAAUGUCGUUAGUCGACGUUUGAUCUAAACGCGAUUAUCUAGGUUCGAUACUCACAAAAUUUUAAUUCUUCGAAUAGAACCAUAAAAAUGGACGAGGUUGCUAAACUCGAACACUUGUCAUUAGUGUCAAAAAUAUGCACAGAAUUGGAGAAUCAUUUAGGAUUAAACGAUAAAGAUUUAGCCGAAUUUAUAAUUCAUUUAGCGGAAAAGAAUAGUACCUUGGACAAGUUCAAGAAAGUUCUGGUUGAAAAUGGUGCAGAGUUUUCCGAAUCGUUCAUGGCCAAUCUAUUAAGAAUAAUACAACACAUGAAACCAUCCAAAGCAAUGGAAGAGCCGUUAAAGCCUGCGACUAAGCGGGACGAGUUAGCACAAAAAUUCCCUGCAUUGGCAUUACCGAACGAAGAGCCAAAAGUGGAAAAUGAAUGUCUCAAAGAUGACGAUAUAGUCAGUAGCGCUAUGGCAAGUUUAGAAGAAUUAGCACCGUCGAAUAAAAAGUCUGGUGGCGAGAGCAAAAAGGAAAGCCAAGUGCCUGAGAGUAAUGAGAAAAAAAGCAAGCAUUCUAGAAGGAGCAGAUCCAGAGAGAAGAGAAGGCACAGAUCACGGUCGUCUAAUCGUAAAGAUAGAAGACAUAGAUCCAGGUCUCAUUCAAGAUCGCGCGAUCGUUCGAGAUCUAGAGACAGACGGCGUCACAGAUCGAGAGAUCAUAAGCGAUCGAGGUCGCGGGACAGAACGACAAAAUCUCGCGAUCGUAGAGAUAAAUAUUCUAACAGACACGCGUCAGAUCGGUCUAGAUCACGAUCCGUGGAAGAGCUUUCUAUGGAUCCAGAAGUGGGUAAAAUUUAUUCGGGCAAAGUCGCUAAUAUCGUGCCCUUUGGUUGUUUCAUACAAUUGGAAGGCUUGAAACGUAGGUGGGAGGGACUCGUUCAUAUAUCGCAAUUAAGAAGAGAGGGACGAGUUGCUAGCGCGAGUGACGUGGUAUCUCGAGGUCAGAAAGUACUCGUGAAAGUUCUUAAUAUCGGCGGACAAAAGGUUUCGUUGAGCAUGAAAGACGUUGAUCAGGAGACUGGUAGAGAUUUAAAUCCAGUCGUGACCGUCACUAAAACCGAAGAAGACGAAAAACAUUUGCGCAAUCCAGACAGACCUACUUCGCUUCUGGAACUUCAAGGCAACUGGGAUGAGGAUGAAACGUGUUCCAGGAAACGUGUACAAAGAUUAUCAUCCCCCGAGAAGUGGGAAAUAAAGCAGAUGCUCGCUGCGUCGUGUAUCGAUAGAAGCGAAUUGCCAGAAUUCGAUAUGGAAACCGGGAUUCUUCCUCGCGAAGACGACGAGGAAGAGGACGUUGAAAUCGAAUUAGUGGAGGAAGAGCCACCGUUUCUGCACGGGCACGGAAGAGCUCUUGGAGAUUUAAGUCCUGUUCGUAUAGUAAAAAAUCCCGAUGGUUCUCUAGCGCAGGCUGCUAUGAUGCAAAGCGCGCUCGCGAAAGAAAGAAGGGAACAGAAAAUGUUACAAAGGGAACAAGAAAUGGAUUCUGUUCCUACGGGUCUUAAUAAAAAUUGGAUCGAUCCGUUGCCGGAAGCCGAAAGUAGGACUCUGGCGGCAAAUAUGCGUGGAAUAGGCCUCCAAACUCAAGACUUGCCCGAAUGGAAGAAGCACGUGAUAGGUGGAAAGAAGUCAUCCUUCGGGAAGAAAACGAAUUUAACUUUGCUCGAGCAGCGUCAGAGCUUACCGAUAUACAAACUCAGAGACGAUUUAGUGAAAGCUGUGACCGACAAUCAAAUUUUGAUUGUAAUUGGCGAGACAGGAUCGGGAAAGACCACGCAAAUUACACAGUAUUUGGCUGAGGCAGGAUUCACUGCACGCGGGAAGAUCGGUUGCACUCAGCCCAGGAGAGUCGCCGCCAUGUCUGUUGCCAAAAGGGUGGCAGAAGAGUUUGGUUGUCGUUUGGGGCAAGAAGUGGGUUACACCAUUCGUUUCGAGGAUUGUACUGGUCCAGAGACUAAUAUAAAGUACAUGACUGACGGUAUGUUACUUCGAGAAUGUCUCAUGGAUCUCGAUUUGAAAACGUAUUCUGUGAUAAUGUUGGACGAGGCCCACGAACGUACGAUUCAUACCGACGUUCUGUUUGGAUUAUUGAAACAGGCAGUAGGAAGACGACCAGAUCUGAAACUAAUCGUAACAAGUGCGACCCUCGAUGCCGUGAAAUUCUCGCAAUACUUCUUCGAGGCGCCCAUUUUUACUAUUCCUGGCAGAACGUUCGAAGUGGAAGUGAUGUACACGAAAGAGCCGGAAACAGAUUAUCUGGACGCAGCGCUCAUAACAGUGAUGCAAAUACACCUGCGCGAACCGCCAGGCGACAUACUUCUUUUCUUAACUGGUCAGGAGGAGAUCGACACAGCCUGUGAAAUUUUAUACGAACGUAUGAAGUCUCUGGGCCCCGAUGUACCGGAACUUAUAAUUUUGCCAGUUUAUUCGGCGCUGCCUUCAGAGAUGCAAACCAGAAUAUUCGAACCAGCCCCGCCAGGCUCGAGAAAAGUGGUGAUAGCCACGAACAUAGCAGAAACGAGCCUGACCAUCGACGGCAUUUAUUAUGUUGUUGAUCCAGGCUUUGUGAAACAAAAGGUAUACAAUUCUAAGACAGGAAUGGACAGUCUUAUCGUAACGCCAAUCAGUCAAGCAGCUGCCAAACAAAGAGCUGGAAGAGCUGGUAGAACUGGCCCGGGGAAAUGUUACAGACUUUACACCGAAAGAGCUUACAGAGAUGAAAUGUUGCCCACACCAGUCCCGGAAAUUCAACGUACCAACUUGGCAACUACGGUGUUGCAACUUAAAACAAUGGGCAUCAAUGACUUGUUACAUUUCGAUUUUAUGGACGCCCCGCCCGUGGAAUCGUUAAUUAUGGCUUUGGAAUCCCUGCACAGCUUAAGUGCAUUGGACAAUGAAGGUCUUUUAACAAGGUUAGGUAGAAGAAUGGCAGAGUUCCCCUUAGAACCAAAUUUGUCGAAGAUGCUCAUUAUGAGCGUGCAUCUUCAAUGCUCCGACGAAAUAUUGACGAUCGUCAGUAUGUUGUCUGUUCAGAACGUUUUUUAUAGACCAAAGGAUAAACAGGCAUUGGCUGAUCAAAAGAAAGCAAAAUUCAAUCAGCCCGAAGGCGAUCAUUUAACUUUAUUAGCAGUUUACAAUUCGUGGAGGAACAAUAAGUUUAGCAACGCGUGGUGUUACGAGAAUUUUGUACAAAUUAGAACCUUAAAACGCGCCCAAGACGUUCGCAAGCAGCUAUUAGGUAUCAUGGAUAGGCAUAAAUUGGACGUAGUAUCUGCUGGUAAAAAUACGGUAAGGAUUCAGAAAGCUGUGUGCUCAGGUUUUUUUAGAAACGCUGCAAAGAAGGAUCCGCAAGAAGGAUACAGAACUUUGGUAGAUAGCCAGGUUGUUUAUAUUCAUCCAAGCAGCGCCCUAUUUAACAGGCAACCUGAAUGGGUUAUUUAUCACGAAUUAGUGCAAACUACGAAAGAAUAUAUGAGAGAGGUAACGACUAUUGAUCCGAAAUGGUUAGUAGAGUUUGCACCGGCGUUCUUUAAAUUCAGUGAUCCGACUAAACUCAGUAAAUUCAAAAAGAACCAACGACUUGAGCCAUUGUAUAAUAAAUACGAGGAACCGAAUGCUUGGCGAAUAUCUAGAGUUCGCAGAAGACGUAAUUAAGACAUUUAUUAUAUAAUCUGUAAAUAGUUUUGUACAGAGUUUCGUAUUCUUUAAAAAUACGAAUAAAUGUAAUUAACUGCAAAUCCAUUAAAGAAACCUAGAAUCACAAAUAUGAUAAUAGUAUCUUCACUUAUACUAAUGCUUUGUGCGUGAUACAAAAUUGAAUUGCACCGUUCUUAUUUUAGUGUAAUAAAUGCUUUUAUAGAACCGCGAAACACACU